CAAACACUCAUUAGUACAUUGCCAGCCAGCCAGUGGAGAAACCCUAACGAAAACCCUUCGUCUUCUACUGUCAUCAAAUCUAUCAGCAUUUAGCUGCCCCCUAAAAAUGGGCACCAAUAUUAAUGGCAAUUUACCCGUCAGAAAGAUGCUGCUUUCUUUGAUUCAAAAGCGUUUCGUGAAAACAUCAUCUACUACACGACCUCCCAAUGCCUCAUCAUCUUCUUCUUCUUUUACUGUUCAAUAUCUCAUUAACUCAUGCGGCCUUCCUCUACAAUCUGCUCUUUCCGUCUCCAAAAAGUUCCAAAUCGAUGAAAAUAACCUUCAGAAGCCUCAAUCCGUCAUCCAAUUCUUGAAAUCUUACGAUUUUCAAGAUUCCCACAUUACCAAAUUGAUCGAAAAGUGGCCCGCUGUCCUCCGUUCCAGAACCGAAGAUAAUCUCAAGCCUAAGUUUGACUUCUUCAUAAAAAAUGGCUUUGUGGGUCAGCUUCUGCCUCAGCUUGCCGUAUUAGAUCCGGUAAUUUUUAGAACGUCCUUAGAUGCUUCUAUCAAGCCAUGUUUUGAGCUUUUGAAACGAUUUCUUGAAAGUAAUGAGAAUAUUUUAGCUGCUCUUAGUCGUGCGCCUUUUUUAAUGUCCUUUAGUUUCAAUGCUACCGUGCGACCAAACCUUGACCUGUUGAAAAAGGAGGGAGUGACCGCUGAUAGGGUUGCAAAACUGCUAUUGUUGCAGCCAAGAUCCUUACAACAUAGUAAUGAUAGGAUGGUUUACGCUGUCAGUUAUCUUAAGCAACUGGGCAUCGAACCAGACAAGACAAUGUAUCUACAUGCUCUGACAGUGAUUGCACGAAUGCGUGAAUCUGCUUGGAGGAAGAAAAUUGAUAUGUUUAAGAGUGUUGGGUGGACCGAAGAGGAGGUUUUAUGGGCUUUUAAGCGAUUCCCUUAUAUAUUAUUAACUUCAGAGGAGAAAAUCCGGGGCAUGAUGGAUUUCUUUCUGAAUAAGAUGAAGUUGGAACGGCAAACUAUAGUUGCCAAUCCUGCGCUUCUUAAAUACUCUUUUGGCAAUAGGAUUCUUCCGAGGCGCAAUGUUUUGGAGGUUUUGAAGUCAAAGAAGCUUAUUAAAAAAGACACAAACAUUGCUACUUUAUUAAAAUUAAGCGAGAAGGAUUUCAUGGAGAGAUGUGAUACCAAGUAUGAGGAUAAAGUUCCUGGUUUACUGGAGAUGUAUGGAGGAAUUGACAAAGGAAAAAGACUGACCGCCAGCUGCCAAGGGAGAAACCCUAACGAAAACCCCUUUUCUUCUUCUUCUUGUUUUCCUGUCAUCAAUCUUUCAGCAUUUUGCUUCCCACUAAAAAUGAACAGAAAUAUUAAUAGCAAUAUACCAUUGAGAAAUCUGCUUUCUCUGAUUCAAAAACGUUUCCUGAAAACAUCAUCUACUACACGGCCUCCCAAUGCCUCAUCUGCUUUUACUGUUCAAUACCUCGUCAACUCAUGCGGGCUUCCUCUACAAUCUGCUCUUUCCGUCUCCAAAAAGUUCCAAAUCGAUGAAAAUAACCUUCAGAAGCCUCAAUCCGUCAUCCAGUUCUUGAAAUCUUACGAUUUUCAGGAUGCCCACGUUGCCAAAUUGAUCGAAAAGUGGCCUGCUGUCCUACGUUCCAGAACAGAAGGUAAUCUCAAGCCUAAGUUUGACUUCUUCAUAAAAAAUGGCUUUGUGGGUCAGCUUCUGCCUCAGCUUGCUGUAUUGGAUCCGAGAAUUUUUAGAGCCUCCUUACAUGCUCAUAUCAAACCAUGUUUUGAGCUUUUGAAACGAUUUCUUGAAAGCAAUGAGAAUAUUUUAGCUGCUCUUAGUCGUGCGCCUUUUUUAAUGUCCUUUAGUUUCAAUGCUACCGUGCGACCAAACCUUGACUUGUUGAAAAAGGAGGGAGUGACCGCUGAUAGGGUUGCAAAACUGCUAUUGUCGCAGCCAAGAUCUUUACAACAUAGCAAUAAUAGGAUGGUUUAUGCUGUCACUUAUCUUAAGCAACUGGGCAUCGAACCGGACAAGACAAUGUAUAUACAUGCUCUUACGGUGAUUGCACGAAUGAAUGAAUCUGCUUGGAGGAAGAAAAUUGAUAUGUUUAAGAGUGUUGGGUGGACCGAAGAGGAGGUUUUAUGGGCUUUUAAGCGAUUCCCUUGUCUAUUGUUAAGUUCAGAGGAGAAAAUCCGGAGCAUGAUGGAUUUCUUUCUGAAUAAGAUGAAGUUGGAACGGCAAACUAUAGUUACCAAUCCUGCGCUUCUUAAAUACUCUUUUGGCAAUAGGAUUCUUCCGAGGUGCAAUGUUUUGGAGGUUUUGAAGUCAAAGAAGCUGAUUAAGGGAGACACAAACAUUGCUACUUUUCUAAAAUUAAGCGAGAAGGAUUUCAUGGAGAAAUGUGUUGCCAGGUAUGAGGAUAAAGUUCCUGGUUUACUGGAGAUGUAUGGAGGAAUUGACAAAGGAAAAGGAUGAUAAUGGAUAGCAAUGAAGAUGAUGAAGCCAAAAAACUGAAGCUGUUUUGAGGUCGAACUCUGAUAUCCCACAGUUAAGAGCGAAAACAUCCUGAAAACCUUUCCUGGUGGGCGAAAUGCUUGACAAGCACCAGUGUACGCUUUACCGGACCUCCCAUCCUUCAAAUUAAGGGCAGUUCAAAUUUGGCCCAUCAACUUUCAAGACUCCUCGUAGCUGGCCCUUGAUCGUGCUUCUAAGGUAAUCCAAAAACAUCAAAAAAACAAAAUAAAACAUGUGAGCGGGGCCACAAACUAAUGGUGCCCAAGUCUUAACCUUAGAAGACUGCAUGAGGCUGCCCUUUAUGUUGUGGUAUUGUGCUUGUUUUCACCUUGUACAGAUAUUGUUAAAGUGGAGACUCAUUUGUAAGAAUUACACCUUUUUGUUUCUUUAAAUCAAAUUGAUUAAAAACUUCAUCC